GAAAGUGAAAGUUAUGUCUCAGUAAAGGCCUGAGGUGUAGAUUGUUCUGUAAAAACGUGUAGAUAUGCACAUAUAGUGACUAUUAGAGUGGUUAUGGAUUUAAAUCAACUAUUUUGAAUGUGAAGUGGAGGACGUGAAGACCAGUAAAGUUAAAAUGGCAGAGUCCAGACUUCAUAAUCAGUUUAAACUCACCUCAGAAGACCAUGUGGAGGCUGAUGUUGGUGAAGAGGUCACCCUCCCCUGUCACCUCUCACCUGACACCAGUGCUGUUGCCACGGCGAUCAGGUGGUUUAAAAGGACAGAGUGUAUUUACCUGUAUAAGAAUGGCCAGGUGACAGAGAGGAGUGGCUAUGAGGGCAGAGUGAGUCUGAUCACCCAGGAGCUGGAGAGAGGCAACGUGUCUCUGAGGCUGAGAGACUUCAGGGGGCCAGAUAGAGGAGUCUACAUAUGUCAGGUCAUCCAUGGAGAACAGAAGGAGGAGGCUGGAGUGCGUUUAUUGGUCAGAGGAUGGGAAUUCGGACGGGCCUCAGGAUCAGAGUAUUUACAACAUGAGACCCAGAAGGAGAAGCUGAAGAGGGAGGCAUCAGCUGGUGAGCUUGAGUUGAAGAUGGAAAAAGAAUUAAAAGAGAAAUUAAGACAGGAGAUGAUGAACCAACUAGAGGAGAAAGACACACAACUGGAUGAUAUGACCCAGGAAGUGAGAGAGAAAGAGAGACUCCUGGAGGAGAAGAACCAGAUAAUUGGACAGAGGGAGAAACUAUUAGAAGAGAAAGAAAACCAACUGGAAGAGAAAGACAAGCAACUAAAGGAUAGAGACAUUCAACAAGAGACACUGAGAAAGAACCUGCAGGACAAGAACAGCCAAGUAGAGAACUUCAGAGUCCUGCUGCAGGAAAAAGAUCUUCAACUAGAGGACAGCAACCACAGACUGGGAGAGAAGGACAGACUACUGGAAGAGAGAGACAAACUACUGGAGGGAAAAGAAAAUGAACUAAAAGAGAGGAGGCAGGAACUAGAAGAGAAAGACAGACUACUGGAAGAGAGAGACAAACUACUGAAGGAUAAAGACCUUCAACUAGAGGACAGAAACUACAGACUGGGAGAGAAGGACAGACUACUGGAAGAGAAAGAGAACCAACUAAAGGAAAGAGACCUUCAACUAGAGGACAGAAACUAUAGACUGGAGGAGAAGGACAGACUACUGGAAGAGAAAGAGAACCAACUAAAGGAAAGAGACCUUCAACUAGAGGACAGCAACUAUAGACUGGGGGAGAAGGACAGACUACUGGAAGAGAGAGACAAACUACUGGAGGGAAAAGCAAAUGAACUAAAAGAGAGGAGGCAGGAAGUAGAAGAGAAAGAUAACCUACUAGAGGAGAGAGAGAAGCAGUUAAAGGAAAGAGACAAACAGGUGGAGGAUGUCAACAAUGAAAAUGCUGAACUGGCUCAACAGAUAUGUGAUGUGAAGACUGAGGUAGAGAGACUGAGAAGAGAGAUCUCAGCCCAGAUGACUGAACCUGGAGAGACGUCAGAUACAGGUUCCAUACUCCCAGUCAGGAGGAGACAGAGCAAGGAUGAUCCUCCAGACAUGGGAGGAGAGACCUCAGAUACAGACCCCACACUUCCACUGAGGAGGACAAACAGCAUGGAGAAAAAUCCUCCAGAUAUGGGAGGAGAGAGCAGCAGUCCAGACUCCCCAGUGUCUCCCAGUGUGUCUGAGCUGAGACUGGUGCUGCUGGGGAGGACUGGGGCUGGGAGGAGUGCAGCAGGAAACACCAUCCUGGGCAGAGAGGAGUUUGGGGCCCAGGCCAGCCCCUCUGCAGUGACCCAGAGGAGUAAGAGGAGAGAGGGGGAUGUGUGUGGGAGACGGCUGGUGCUGGUGGACACUCCAGACUGGUUCUGUCCUGGACUCUCUCUGGAGGAGAUGAGACAGGAUGUGGGGCUCUGUGUCCGUCUGUCUGCCCCGGGACCCCACGCCUUCCUCCUGGUCAUACCAGUGGAGCCCUCUAAGGGGGAGGAGAGAGGGGUGCUGGAGAGAAUAGAGGAGGUGUUUGGGGAGGGUUGUUGGGAACACACUGUGAUUCUAUUCACCCAUGAUGAUGGCCUGAAAGAGCAGAGCAUUGAGGAGUUUCUCCAAGCAGGAAGUCAGGACCUCCAGCAGCUUGUAGAGAAAAGUGGGAGCAGGUACCACGUCCUCAACAUUAAGGACAGGGCCCAUGGCACUCAGGUAUCAGAGCUGCUGGAUCAGGUAGAGGAGAUGGUGGCAGGAAACAGAGAGAGAAUCUACAGCAGUCAGACCUACCAGGAGGCAGAGGACCAGGUUAGAGAGAUGGAGGGAAAGAUCCAGAGAGAGAGAGGAGAGAAGAAACAGAGGGAGGAGAGAGAGGUGAGAGAGAGGCUGGAGAAGGAGUUGCAGGACUCUCUGAUAAAGAUAGAGGGAGUGAUCCAGGAACAUGAGGGAGAUAUCAGAACACUCAGUGAAAGAACCAGUGAACUGGAGAGACAGGUGAAAGAAGAGAGGGAUGAGGAGAAGAAACGAGAGCUGGAGAGGGAGCUGAAGAGGGAGUCUGAUAGGAGGGAGGAGAUGGAGAGAAAGAUGGAGAGAUUUAGAGAGAAGACAGAGAAUGAGAGGAGGGAGAUGGAGGAGAGACAUAGACAGGAGAUAGAGGAGAUGAUGGAGAACUAUGAAGGAGAGGCCACAGUUGAAGCAGAGAGAAACCUGAUGAAGAUAGUCCUACCUGAGUUACAGAGGAACAUCAUGAUCUCACAGACAAAGAUGCAGAGGGAGUUCAGCAGACAGAUGGAGGAGAAGAAUAGACAGAUGAAGGAGAAGAAUAGACAGAUGGAGGAGAAGAAUAGACAGAUGAACGAGAAGGAUAAACAUAUGGAGGAGAAGGAUAGACAUAUGGAGGAGAAGGAUAGACAUAUGGAGGAGAAGGAUAGACAUAUGGAGGAGAAGGAUGGAGAAAUGGAGAGACUAAGACAGAAUUUGAAAGAAGUCAGGGAAGCUCACUCAGUGUUGCAGAAGAGACUGGAACGAGAGGGCAGAGGUCAGAGGGCACUGAUAGGGUUGUUGGGCUGGGUCAGGAGAAACUCAUCAAGUUGGCUUCUCCACAAUCUGACAUGAUUCACCAUCACCGUCUAUGUGUAGAACCAGACCAGGUCUACUGUCCACUGUACCGUGGUGAGUGACCAUGGAUCAUGAUGGUCAUGGGGAAAACAGGUCAGAAUAAUGUCUGGUCCAGUCUACAGUGUCUAGAGGAGGAGGGGAGGGAGGUCUGUAAAGAUCUUGAUGAGACUUAGAAAACAGGUCAGAAUAAUGUCUGGUCCAGUCUACAGUGUCUAGAGAAGGAGGGGAGGGAGGUCUGUAAAGAUCUUGAUGAGACUUAGAAAACAGGUCAGAAUAAUGUCUGGUCCAGUCUACAGUGUCUAGAGGAGGAGGGGAGGGAGGUCUGCAAAGAUCUUGAUGAGACUUAGAAAACAGGUCAGAAUAAUGUCUGGUCCAGUCUACAGUGUCUAGAGAAGGAGGGGAGGGAGGUCUGUAAAGAUCUUGAUGAGACGUUUAGAAUGGAGAGGGUGGAGAAUAGUUUAGAAUGGAGAGUUUCAUGUUGAAACUUUAAAUAUACACUGAGUGGACAAAACAUUAAGAACACCUUCCUAAUAUUGAGUUACAAUCCAUCCCAAUGGAACUCUGAUACCACAUGAGACUGAUAUUGUUGAAAUAAAGAAAUGUAACUUUGUAAGA